UACGUUUUUCAUUUUCACAUAUACAGAGAGCCGUUGUCAACCGUCCGGCGUUAGGCGUAUUCCCAGCAGGAGAUUGGCCAGCGAAGUUGCGCAACACACUGAUGAGCGUAGCCCCGAAGGGACUGAAUUCGCUAACGACCAUGAUGUGCGGGUCGUGCUCCAACGAGAACGCGUACAAGAACAUGUUCAUGAAGUACAUGCGGGACAAAAGAGGCGGGACUUCGGACUUCACUGACUUGGAGAAGGAGUCGUGCAUGAUCAACAUGCCGCCGGGUGCGCCGAAGCUGUCCAUCAUGUCGUUCUCGGGCUCGUUUCACGGCCGUACAUUGGGUGCGUUGAGCACCACGCAUUCCAAGUACGUGCACAAGCUGGACGUGCCAGCGUUCGACUGGCCGAUAGCAAGGUUCCCGGUGUACAAGUAUCCGCUGCACGAGAACCUCGCUGAGAACGAAAAGGAGGACGAACGCUGUUUGGCCGACGUGGAGGAACUCAUAGAAAAAUGGGAAAAGAAGGGUUGCCCUGUUGCCGGAAUCAUCAUCGAACCCAUCCAGUCGGAAGGCGGAGACAAUCACGCCUCACCAUACUUCUUCCAGAAAUUACAGAAGAUCGCUAAAAAAUACAACGCGGGCUAUCUAAUAGAUGAGGUACAGACCGGCGGCGGACCAACCGGAAAAAUGUGGUGCCACGAACAUUUCGACCUGGAAUCUCCGCCCGACAUAGUGACGUUCAGCAAGAAAAUGCAGACAGGCGGAUACUACUCGAAGCCGGAAUUCUUGCCCGACCUGCCAUACCGCGUGUUUAACACUUGGAUGGGAGACCCGACAAAAAUCGUGUUGCUCGAUGCUAUACUGAAGGUGAUUAAGAGAGAUAAUCUGUUGUCGGUAGUUGAAAAAUCUGGUGAAGUACUCAUGUCCGGCAUCAGAGACUUGGAAGCCGAGUAUUCGGCCCUAAUCAACUCUACCAGAGGACGUGGCACGUUUAUCACAUUUGACGCAGCUAACCCUAAACUCCGGGACGACAUUGUCAAAAGACUUUUAACUAAAGGAGUCCAAUCCGGAGGAUGUGGAGUGGCAGGCAUCAGAAUGCGACCGGCAUUAAUCUUCCAACCUCAACACGCUCACAUGUUCCUCGAUAGACUACGUCAAGUUUUAGCCGAGACCAAAUGAGUUUCACGGCGUAUAGAAAUAUAUAUAUAUUAUAAUAAUAUACCCAUAAUAAUAAUAAUUAUAAUAUUUAUUAUUAUAACAUCAAUAUUAUCGAAUCAUACCGUAUAUGAGUAAAAUAAUUUUUAAUGUUAUUAUUUUAAACUAUCAAAAAUAUUAUGUCUUCCAAAGUGAACAAACGCUUUCCAAAUAUAAACGUAAACAUUGUCUUCCAAUAAAUUAUAUUCCAUAAAUGUUAUUAAAUCGUAUAAAUAUAUUAUUAUAUUAUUAUUAGUCAUAAUGUGAA